AUGCGCGAAACGGUGGAUCCAUAUGCAAUACGUAGUUGCGCUGUAUUAAGAAGAUUACUGCAACAUCUAUGUGAAUCGAAAAUGUUUGCAAUAGAUAUUGGUGAGCAUUUCGUUGCUAUGUUGAAUGUUUAUAUUCAUUAUAGUUUCAGUUCUAUUAAGUUUUGUGAAAGUUUGAUUGGUGUCGUUUUGGCAAUGAUCGAUGAAAAUUGCAAAAUAUUAACCUCAUUCAGAAUUUAUCUGCUAUUGAUUCUGAUGACUAGAUCAGAGCGAAUUUUAACUUUAUCAGAUUCAUAUUCAAUAAGUAUGGAUAACAAACAGAUUGGUAAUAUGUUACCACUAAUAUCUAAUGAGAAUCACGUACAAACGAAGAGAAGUCUUGGCAAAGAUCGACUGAAUGCUGCUCAUCUGCGUCGCACACGUAAAGGUAUGGUUGAAAUAGUUGUCAUCGUUGGUGUUGGCCUUGUCAUUUUGGUUGGACUGGGUGGCACCAUCGGUAUCAUUAUAUAUUAUGCUAAGAAAUAA